AUGUUCUCUAUCCCCUCUUUUUCUCGAGUUCUCUCACACUUCCUCUCUCUCUCUGUCGUGUUCUCUCAUACUUCCUCUCUUUCUCUCUCUCAUGUUCUCUCACACUUCCGCUCUUUCUCUUGUGUUCUCUCACACUUCCUCUUCUCUCUCUCUCUCUUGUGUUCUCUCACACUUCCUCUUCUCUCUCUCUCUUGUGUUCUCUCACACUUCCUCUUCUCUCUCUCUCUCUUGUGUUCUCUCACACUUCCUCUUCUCUCUCUCUCUCUUGUGUUCUCUCACACUUCCUCUUCUCUCUCUCUCUCUUGUGUUCUCUCACACUUCCUCUUCUCUCUCUCUCUCUUGUGUUCUCUCACACUUCCUCUUCUCUCUCUCUCUCUUGUGUUCUCUCACACUUCCUCUCUCUCUCUCUCUUGUGUUCUCUCACACUUCCUCUUCUCUCUCUCUCUUGUGUUCUCUCACACUUCCUCUUCUCUCUCUUGUUCUCUCACACUUCCUCUCCUCUCUCUCUCUCUUGUGUCCUUCUCUUUCCUCCCUCUUCUUCCUCUCUUUUCACCUCUUUUUUUCUCUCUCUCGCUAUCACUCUCUCCUUCCCUCUUCACUUUUUCUUUUGCCUUCCUCUUUUUAUACUUUUCCCUUUCCUUUUACUUUUCUACUACUUGA